AUGGGUCAUCGUUGGGUGUCCGAACUCGCGGAUUUCAUAUUCGACAUAAAGUACCGCCCGGGGCGUAAUAACCAAGAUGCAGAUGCUUUGUCAAGGAUGCCUGUAGACUUGGCAAAUUACCGAGAAAGGUGCACGGAGGAGGUACCUAGUGAAAACAUUGUUGCGGAACUUGUGAUUCCACCGUCUGGUUCAUUCAGUAAACGCUCAAGGGACU